AUGGUUUUGUGCUUUUCUAACUUUUAUGACAAGGCCUACUCUCUUUUAAUUGCAGGCAGGGAGAGCAUGGAAUCAUUAACUGGAAUCCUGCUUGAUGUCUCCGAAUCCAUGAGUCGUAACAUUGGCGAGGGUACUGAUGAAAAAGGAGGACCAUGGGCUCGCUCGAUCUUUGAAGUUAUUGACAACCUUAUCAAAUACGAUAUUUCUCCCAAUAACCAUGUGUUUGCAAUAGGCUUUGGGGCUAGUUGUGGUGAGGACGUAUUUGAUAUCAUAGGAACUCUUAAACAUAUUCCGAAUCAAGAUAAUGUUGCUGAAAGGCCUGCCACAUUUGAACACAUAAAACAGAUUUUCGAUGUACUGGAGAGAGCCGGCGCACGCACAGUCCGCAGAUGGGCAGAGAAAGAAGUCGUCAGCGAAGCGUUAACGGAUAAUUUGGCUGUCGUGUUUUUGAACAAAUUGAAAUCUGACCAGCCUUUUCUUAAAGUGUUCGUUGAAGAGUGUCUACCACCUGCUUGUCGUGACUGGGCUGAAUACGAAAAUCAAGAGCAUCAAGACCCUAUAGUCGACCUUCUACAAACCUGGGAAGCUGCAGUGAUAAACUUUGGGAUAAGAACAGCAGAAAGUACGUUUGCGUCGGUGGUGACCAAGUUUAGGACGGCUACAGUAGCAGACGUCAAAGAAGUAGUAGAAAAGGCCAAAGCCUAUUGGCUCAAAAAAGUAGAUGCUGAUUCCGUUUUCAAUGUUCAAGAUGCCUCAGAUGUUGUGCAUGGAUGCGUUGAUGAAAAAAACCUCACUAACAAAAGGAGUCGAGAAUUGCUGCAGAGAAUCGAGCCCUACAUUUACGGCAAAACGCCUUUUUUUCGAUCAGUUAGAGAGGCAAUAGCACUUUUUCGUGACUCAAAGUUUUCAAGUCACAAAAAGCUGCUGUUUAUCUUGUCAGACGGAGUCCCAACAGAUGGAGAGAUCACUGGUCGUGCAGGAAUAGAUCGAAUGAUCUCUAGAUUUACCGAAGCAGAUGUGACCGUAGUGAGCUGCUUUGUCACUAACUCCACACAUAUUGACCCCAAACGACUGUUCAGCAAGAAGGAACCUGACUGGAACACUGACGCAAAGUUUAUGUUCUCAUUGAGCUCAAAACUGUCAACACAAUCCCUACCACGCACAAUGUUUGUGAAACGUGAUUGGACCAUCGAUAUCACCAACAAUGAAACACACUUGUUUUUGCAGGUUAAUCAUCCAGAAAACUUACGAGAGGCUUGUCAAGUGGCUCGAAAUGUCGUUUGUUGUCAAGAAGCGUUAUCAGAUUUGCUUGCUUCCGUCGAUCUAGAUCUCUAUAUUAACCAAGAAUUAAAGGGCUAUGAAGCAAAAUUAAAGCAAAAGGGGGCGACCUGCUAUGCGAAUGCAGCUGCCACAGUUCUCCAUUUGUCCAUGAAACGAAUUCUUGGACGCGAAGGAGGAUGUCCAGAUUUCUACAAGUUAAGACAAGAAUUUAUCAACAGUUUUGGACGUGAUGGUGCCAAUACCUUUCUUGUGCUGCAGAAGAUGUGCCGAAAGUACCGCCUACGUUGCAAGCAAAUUGACCUCAAGGAUGCCAUGGAAGCAAUCACUUCAAGUCGUCCAGUAGUGGCAACAUUCUGGCUCACUAAAGAUGAAUGGGAACGUUUUGGAAACUUCUUUCAAAGAAACCCAAAUGGUAUUUUGACGAAGGAGGAGAUCAACAUGGCAGCCUGUCGUGCCGAUACCAUUGGCCAUGCAGUUGUGUUGACCAGUUUCGACAGUCAAUGUUUACGAAUGCUAAAUUCUUGGGGAGAAACCUGGGGAAACAUGGGAUUUUUCAGAGUGCAGAACGCAGACGUUCUUGGAAUGGAAUUUAUUGAUGUUUUCUGGGAUACAGAAGAUUUGACAGAAGAAGAAAAAACCUGUUACGAGAAACGUGGAUCUGAAGUUGCCAGAAAAUUAAUGAAUGAACUGCCGAGUCUUACGCGAGCUGAAUUCAAGUGUCCCAGAUGCAGCGAGAUAUCACCAGUGAUGGAGUUUACUGGAACUUUGUCGCACGCAAAGUGCCCCAAAUGUCGCAAGGAGUUUUAUUCAAAGAAUGCCGAAGAAGGGAACAUUUUAGCUCUUAAUAUUUAUCUUACAUCUUUAAUUAGCUGA